AUGCCAAGGCAAAGGAGGAAUAUCAACGGUCGAAAUGCCGUAUUGGAUGGCGCCAACGUACCAGCAGAACCAACAGACUACAGCGCCAUGUCUACCGAAGCUCCUCGCCUCAUGCUGGGAGAACGUCACCUCCAGCAAACCGGGAAUCGCCGCGAACUUAUCUCGCGACUACAACAGAAUGCGCAGCAAAGACCCUCCGCAUCACAAUCAGCAAGUGCCUCGUCCAAUUCCAGUAUCGCCACCGGCGUUCCACACACGGAAUUGGCUGCCUUAAUUGCCUCUAUAGUGGACGAGCGGAUGAACCGCCAACUAAUCCAAGACGGCGGAGCCAGCAAUGCUCAACUCACUCGGCCCAGUCCUCCAAGUAACCUUCAAGACAGCCUCAGGUCCAGUCCUCCUCCACCGCCACAAGAUGGCGGCCAAAACAUGACCCACCAACAACAACCUUCCCUUCAAAAUCCUCCAACAGGUAAUCUCCUCCCAAACACCGCCGUUUCUUCUGGUCUCGCCGCUUCUUCUGGUCUUGGUUCCCUCUCUUCUCCUGUCGACUUUUCUGAUCCAGCCCAAGUAGCGUCGCUUCACCCUAACUUCCGACAGCCUUCCCUCGCCAGCCAUCUGACUAAAGCCACCCCGAUGGCCAUCACCAACGGUGAGUACGUGGACUUUGUUACCCUUUUACCAAUGACCUCCCUUCUCACUGACACCAUUCCCAUCUUAACCUUAAGGUAGGCGAUCAGGGUCUAACUAUUCCCCUUCCCUCCUCCUCUAAAACCCCAAAAUCACCUCCAUCGAUCGAUGGCUCGAUGUCUUUGCCGUAUAUUUCGCCGUUAUAGUGUCUGUAUAUCCCUCUUGUGCCGCGAAUUUAAUAGCCUAUCAACAGUUGAUUCGAGAUGCGGGACGAAAGUUCCCUGGGAUGGCUUGGUAUGUCUAUGAUGUGGAAUUCCGAAGGCGUGCCUCCCAUAACCUUUCUGCCAAGUGUUGGGAACGGGACGUCCAGCUCUACCUCGAUACCUCCAAAGGCCUCCCCAAAUCGGGAUGCCGAUCUUGCGGCAGCACUGAUCAUCUUUCUGAUACCUACCCUUUAUCUCCUCGUAGGUCCCAGGAUGCCCUUACCCAAUCCGACCUGUGCUUCCACUGUAACAAAGGCCGACCCUGCGCUUGCACCCCAUGCCCUUACCAACACAGGUGUAACCAGCCGGGAUGCCCAGCAGCUUACUCUGGGGAAGAUCACACUAAACUCACCCGCCACAGAGAGGACAGACCUAAAUCGUCUUCAAGCUAUGGCAAUUCCUCCCGAGGACACUCCUAAUUACCUCUCCCAACUGACCCUCCCACCCCCAUUGACAUCAACAAAUUUGCAUACUACCUUCACGGCUAUCCAGAUCACACAACAGUUAAUCAUCUUCUCACAGGGUUUCCUCAGGGCUUUAAGAUCGGCUAUUCAGUGA